AUGACUGACAGCUGGAAAUCACAAGAGCUGGACGUGCCAGCGGGAGUUCUGGUGCCAGUUCAAGCCAUGUCUGCUCGACCACUCAAAGGGGUGUUGAGCGAGGCUGCAGAAUGCUGGACUGUUAGGUGCACGUGCCAGCCACACCUGGGAAACACGAUCCUGAUCUUCCGUGGCCAAAAGAUCGAGACAUCGGAGGUGCGCAGGUGCAUGUUGCAGGCCUCAAAUGAACUGCGCAACGCCAGAGGGGCUCUGGGUGUGUUGGCCCCACAGCUCCUGUAUCAGCUCCUGGUUGAUUCCGAUGCAGCAGCAGCCUCCAUCGCAAACUGCUCAUCAAGCCCAGAAGAUGUAGCUCGACCAGCGCGAGGAGCCAUAUGA